AUGUUCAUUUUAUUUGACCGUUUCAUCAAACAAGUCAGCCCGCGUGACGUUGUUCAAGUUGUCACAGAUAGUGCUAGCAACAAUGUUUUUGCUGGCAAGCUUGUGGAAGAGAAAUACCCGCACAUCUAUUGGACUCCUUAUGCAGCGCAUUGCAUAGAUUUGAUAUUUGAAGACAUCUUCAAAUUGCCACAUUUAAAAAGGACACUUGAUAAGGCAAUCGCGGUGAACACGUAUAUUUACAAUCGUACUUUGCUACCUAAUAUGAUGAGAGAGUUCACCGGGCAAAAGGACAUGGUGAGGCCCGCAAAGACCCGAUUUUCCCCAGCUUUCAUCACCCUGAAUUGUUUUAAGGCUAACAAGAGGAAUUUAAAAAAAAUGUUCACUUCUGAACAAUGGAACAAGAGCAAGUUUUCAAAGUUGGAUGGAGGCACGCACACGAAAAAUACUAUAUUGACGCCUAACUUUUGGAACACUAUAGAUAUUGUAGUGAAAAUUGGUUGUCCGUUGUUAAGUGUGCUUCAGUUAGUUGAUGGAGAGAGAAAGCCUCCAAUGGGUUACCUAUAUGAGGCGAUGGAUAGAGCAAAAGAGGCGAUUGCUCAGGCUUUCAAAAACAAAGAAGAUAAAUUAAAUGAGGAUGAGGAGAUGAAGAUUCAUGCCGAGCUCCCAAUAUACCGAAGUGCACAAGGGAUCUUUGGGAACCCGAUAGCGAAGAAAAUGAGAGUAAAAAUUGCACUAGCGGAGUGGUGGAUGCAAUAUGGAGCAUCAGCCCUGACAUUAAAAAAGUGUGCGGUCAAGGUGCUAAGUCUUACUUGUAGCUCGUCAGGUUGUGAGAAGAAUUGGAGCGUAUUUGAACAUUUACAUUCUAAGAAAAGAAACCGGCUAGAGCAACAAAAGUUGAAUGACCUUGUUUAUAUCAAGUAUAAUCGGGCUUUAAGAAGGUGGUACAAUAUGCGUGAUAUGAUUGACCCAAUUAUAUUGGACGAUGCAAAUGUUCUAGAUCCGACUGAGUGGUUGAUGGGAGGCGAAGAAGAGGAGGAAGAUGCCCCAGUCUUCGAGGGUGAGAAUUUAACAUGGGGUCAAGUUGCAGAUGCUGUUGGGGCAUGUGAGCCACCUUAUUCUACAAGAAGCAGGAAUAGGGGGGCUAUUGACAAGUCCGCAUCGAGCUCCAGAGGAAGAUGUUUAAUAGAUGAGGAUGAUGACAAUAACUUGUGUGAGGAAGAAAAUGAUGUAGCUGCUUAUAAAGAUUUUGAGCUGUCAUCUGUUCAAGAUGAUGAUGAGCUUGUCUGUGAAGAUCUAGAUGAUAUUUGA